AUGCCAAAGUCGAACAAGAAAACUUUAUGCAUUACAACUGCCAAGACUUUCAAGUAUGUGGAGCUGUUUUCAGAAGAUUUGAAAAAUAUCUAUAAUAGCUCUAAAGUAAAAAUGACCCAUAAAGCAACACAAGUAUGGGUAAAGGUUUUAGAGAAGUUCUGUACAGAUAUCAGUUAUGAAGGAAGGAUUGAGGAUAUUGAUUUAAAGUCAGUUCUUAAAGACCAACUAUCUAAAUUUGUAUAUGCAAUGAAAUGUAAAGAUGAUAAAAAGUACUAUGCAUCCUCAAUAAAAAAUUGCAUAGCUGCUAUCUGGCAUCACCUUAAUGAGAAAUUGGUUUUAGAAAAACCUGUAAACAUUUUAAAUCCAAAAGUUUUUUAUGAAUUAAAUACUGUUAUUAAUAGAAAGAUAAAAAACACUCUCUUAUGCAGAUCUAGGUAA